AUGGCCUCAAGCGAUUCCCAAACAUCUACUCUUCAAACAAGACUCAAUGCCUUAAUCGAUGGAUUUAUCAAUGCAAAGCCGCUCUCCAAAGCCGCAGCCAAACAAGCCCAAGAGGUCCUCCCAGCCAGCAACACACGGUCAGUCCUCAACUCAGCCCCGUUUCCUCUGGAUUUGAAAUCCGGAGAGGUGUACUCGGUUACAUCGGUGGAUAGGCGCAAGUAUAUCGAUUUUGUAUCCGACUACUUGGCUGGGAUCAAAGGGCACUCGUAUCCGAGCAUCAGCCAAGCUGUUUCGGACUCAUUACCGACGGGGCUUAGCCUUGGUCGAGUCACCACGAAGGAAGCACGGCUGGGCGAGAUCCUCUGCAACAGGCUUCCGAGUAUUGAACGAGUGCGGUUCUGUAACUCGGGAACCGAGGCCAUUACCUUUGCGGUGGCCACAGCUUUGGCCUUUCCCAAGCGGGAAAAGGCACUUGUCUUUGAGAAUGGAUAUCAUGGUGGCACAAUCAGCUUUUCAAUCGCAGGACAAGCAAACCCCCUUAACCUGCCAUACGAGUUCAUACUUGGCAAAUACAACGAUGACCAAGCUACAGCGCCAUUGAUCGACGACAGUAUCGGAGCCAUAUUGGUCGAGCCAAUGCAGGCCGUUGGCGGCAUGAGGCCAGCAUCUCAAGAGUUCCUCCAAUUUCUACGCCAAAUGGCCGGUCGCAGCGGUGCGGUGCUCAUCUUCGACGAGGUGGUGACCUCUCGUUUCCAUUUCCAUGGUUUGCAAGGUGCCUGGAAUGUGAUUCCCGACAUGACCACUUUGGGCAAAUAUCUCGGCGGUGGCAUUCCCUUUGGUGACUUUGGUGGCUCGCGCCAUAUAAUGGACUUGCUUGAUCCCUCGGCAAGUGGGAGUCAGAGUCUCAGUCACUCGGGGACAUUCAACAAUAACAUCUUUACUAUGACGGCAGCGGUAGCGGCGGCGCCGUUGGUGACGGAGGAAUCGCUGGGUCCAAUAAAUGCAUUGGGAGACCAACUUCGCAUGAGUGGAAAUGAGAUAGUGCAGAAAGCGGGAUUUGGUCAGAUGGAGUUGACUGGUUAUGUGCGCUGGACAGACUAUCUUUCUCUCUUGACAUUCUCUACAAUUCUGCCUUGCGGUACAUACUGGCCGACAAACAGCAUAGAUUACACCCGACAGAACCGGAAUCUCUCCUCUGGCAGCAUGGGCUUCGACGACAAACGAGUCGCCAUUGUUGGCGGCGGCCUGGGCGGCAUGUCUUUCUUGAAUGCUGCCCUCUACGCCGGACUAAAGAAGGUGCAACUGUACGAGCAGGCGCCGCAGUUCGCCGAGGUCGGCGCCGGGGUGAACAUCACCUCGAACGCCAAUCGAGUGCUAGAUGCCUUUGGGCUGAAAGAAAGCAUGACACGUCGGUCUUCACGCAAGCUGCCCUGCUACAUGGAGUACCACAGCUACCGCACGGGAGAAUAUCUGGGGCAUAUCGACGAGUUCUCACAGCCAUCCGCACGGCUCUUGCACCGCGCCCAUCUCCUGGAAUCGCUCAAGGAGCGCGUGCCGCAAUCGAGCCUGAACCUGGGGAAGCGAUUAGCAUCGAUUGACCGGAACAACGGCACCGACACAGCACCCUACACAUUGCACUUUGAGGAUGGCAGCUCUGCCGAGGCCGAUAUCGUGAUCGGCUGCGACGGGAUCAAGUCGAAUGUCCGCGACAGUAUGGAUUUAUCCGAUACACCCAAUUACUCGGGCCAGGUGGUGUACCGUGGGUUUGUUGAUUAUAAAAACCUGCCGCCGGAUACGGCGCAGUUGCUGCGCAGGACGGUUAAUUUCCGAGGCCCCAAGCGCCAUGUCUUGAUCUUGCCCAUUGGCAACAAGGAGACGGACACCGACCGUGCAGCAAUUAUUGGAUUUAUGUCGGAGCCGCUGGAGGCCUGGGACUCGGAGAGUUGGAUGUCGCGCUCGGAUAUCUACAGCCUGCAGGAACAUGUCCGCGACUGGUGCCCGCAGGUCCAGGAUAUCAUCGCCGGGCUGCGCAAGAGCUCGCCGGAUGGCCGCAUGCUCAAGCAGGCGCUGUAUGUGCGUGACCCGCUCGACAAGUGGUAUGAGAUGAAAGAGGGCCAGAAAGGUGCAGGGAUUAUUCUUCUGGGUGACUCGGCGCAUUCGACGCUUCCACACCAAGGCCAAGGAACAUGCAUGGCUAUUGAAUCUGGUAUCGCUCUUGCAACCAUCCUCAAGCACUGGAAGUCCGACGACUUGGAGGCCGCUUUCCGCUUCUAUCAAGACCUGCGCAAGCCCCGAACCGACCGGGUCACACAGACGAGUUCUGAAGCGGGCAGGCUGGCCAGCUCAGAUACACCGGAUCAACUGACGAAUAACUUCAAUCCCCAGGCGCUGAUGGAGCGGAUGAAGUGGAUUAUGGAGUAUAAUGUGCUGGAUGAUCUACGGGCCAAAGGUGCGGAGUUCUUGGAUUUCCAGGGUUCGCGAUUGUGA